GUUGUCAGUAGAAUCUUUAUCAUAGUUGCCAUGGAGACAGCACAGUUGUCAGAUUCUGUGUCAGUGAAGCAUCAUGAUGGAGGCUGAUCAGCUGUUGUCCCCUCUGAUCAGCUGACUUCAGGCAGAGGGAGAAGGAGGUUUUUUGGGGGUCAUGGAUAAUCUAAGUAAGGAUGGAGAUUCUGACAGAGGAGAAUUUCAUGGCCUGAAGAUUUCAGACCUGAUAAAGGCUUUGGCUGAGUGGAAAUCACCGCCUUGUGCCACCACUGACCCCCGCCUCACCAGCACCACCUCCAUCCUGAGGAAAACAGUGGCAGGGAAUUCUUACAUCCACGGUAGCUUUAGAUCCAGAGCCGUCCUCCCUGAAAACAUCAAGCAGCUCUCCCAGUGUCAGUUCAAGAGGCGAGAUUAUCUAAGUGAAAGUUUAUCUGCUGCAGUAACUGAUCCUGCUUCCAUCACUGCAGUGGCCUCAUCUCAGGAGGAACAACGGCAACACAGUUUAACCCCAUCAAAUCCUGUCUUUCCUGCACAUGUGGCGGAAGAAUCUAAAAUGUUUUCCUCAGAGUCAAUCCUCUGUGUUGGAGAGCAGAUUACAAAGCCGGAGCUAGUGCAUGCUUGGAACAAACAGCAGUCCUGUGAAGCACAAUGGAUGCUGCCUCAACAGGUUCUCCCACCUGGGCCGACCAAUGAGUGGUUCUUUGAGGACUUGACGGACCUCCAGAGGAAGCUGUUUUUAGGUGCCUCAAAGAAAUCUGGAGUCCCAGGGACCUCUCAGAUAGAAGGAAAAACUACACGCCACCCCUGAUCUUUGCUGCCCAGUUGAAGAAUAUUAAAAGAACAAACAAGAUAAAAAUCCAACUGAAACGGCAGAAAUAGUUUGUGGCAGACUGAUCAUUGUUCCAGAACUGACAACUAAAAACUUGUAUUUAACUGAAGAGUUGAAAACCACAUAGAAAUUCACAAUGCAGAAAAUGAAAAACGCUAAUAAAAAACUGUUUUCUUUUCAACACAUUUCCAAAGUAAGAUCAUCUUCAGCAAAAGACAAAAAUCCAUUAUGUGCUCUAUGUGCAUAAAGCAAAUGGAACUGUUUUUUUUCACAGCAAUACAUUGAGAAAAGCCAAACAUUUAAGUGAGAUUCCACAAGUCCAAAGAUGCUUCCAAAUUUUGUUUAAAUAUAUGGAGAGUAAUAUGUGAUCUUAAAAAAAAAAAAAAAAAAAAUAGAGAAAAAAAGAGAACAACUAGGAGCAACUGUGAUCGAAGUAUCCUGAUUUGUAGAGACAUCUCAGCACAUUUAAGCCCAGAUUCUGGGCAUACAAGCUACAGAUCUUUUUACAUACAAGCACAAUUCCUCUAAAAAAUUUGUUUACAUUUAUUUUUAGUUUGAGAAAAUAAAAUAUGUCAAAUGAUUUUAUAUGUUGGAUGGUCAGGAACAGCAACUGCAAAACCAACGAACAUUACCUUUGCACACUUCACUCUCCACACGUAUCACGUUGUGAAAUUAGCAGGUUUUCCACUUGUUGCUUGGCAGCUGGUUCAGUGAAGGAUGUAAUGACAGCUUUAAAAGCUGUUUGUUGUGCUGGAAGUGAGGAGAAAUCAAUCUGUACUGUCACUGCGACCCUGAACCACCUCGACGAGACACUCUGGUGUGUGGUAGAAGUCAAUAUGAUUUCACAGACAAUAGUCACUAUUUGACUUUUGUCACAUCCAAGACUAACAAUAUAUUUGUUAUAGAUUUGUUUGGUCAGUUUGUCAGGCUCCUCUCUACACUUCCAGACUUGGCUCGGCUGCUCAGAGCUGCAGUUUGAGCUGCAGCAGACACUGACUGAAUGUUAACAUGAUGAUUAGCAACAACUUGAUUCGAAUCCAGCUGCAGUCAUUUUACAGGGGCAACCAGUCCUGGGUAAUUACACAUAAUGAUGAAGAUUUGGCUUAGAACUCACUCUGACGUUCUCACCUAAAAAGCUAAAUGACUCCGACCUCCAGACACCCCCGCUGCCCCCACCCCACCAGCUCUGCUGGUUUAUAACAGUGCUUUCAUCUCAGACCUGCAGACAGACCAACAGCAGCCCAUCGCAGACCAACAUAGUGAGCAGAGAGACACAACACAGAAACAUUCUUGGCUUUGGUUUGUGAAGAUGAUUGCAGACUCAGCAGCCAAUCACGAUCCAGACUGUGGCUCUGUAUGCAACGAGUCCUCAGCUCUGGAGGGUCAGGGACCACCGGUGCUGGUCGACGCCUGGCUGGUCCCCACUUUCUUCAGCCUCAUCAUGCUGGUCGGUCUGGUCGGGAACUCGCUGGUCAUCCAUGUGGUCACCAAGCACCAGCAGAUGAAGACCGUCACCAAUUUCUACAUAGUAAAUCUGGCUACGACCGAUAUCCUGUUCCUGGUCUGCUGUGUGCCCUUCACUGCCACACUUUACCCAUUGCCCAGCUGGAUCUUUGGAGAGUUUAUGUGCCGACUGGUGAACUACCUUCAGCAAGUGACUGCACAGGCGACUUGUAUCACUCUGUCAGCUAUGAGUGUUGAUCGCUGCUACGUGACCGUUUAUCCCCUGCAGUCACUGCGACACCGAACGCCCCGCAUGGCUCUGGCCGUCUCUGUGUCCAUCUGGAUAGGCUCCUUGCUCUUGUCCAUCCCUGUAGCCGUUUACCAGCGUCUGGAGGCCGGUUACUGGUUUGGUCCUCAGACGUACUGCACCGAGGUUUUCCCUUCAGCUCGCCUCCAGAGAGCCUUCAUCAUCUACAGCUUCCUGGCCGUCUACCUGCUGCCUCUGCUCACCAUCACCGCCUGCUACGCCUUCAUGCUCAAGCGCAUGGGCCAGUCCAGCGUGAAUCCCAUCGACAGCAGCUACCAACUCCAGGCUCAGGCAGAGCGAGCAGCAGCAGUGAGGGCGAGAGUCUCCCGGAUGGUGGUGGUGAUGGUGGUCCUGUUCCUCAUCUGCUGGGGGCCCAUCCAGGUCUGCAUCCUCCUGCAAGCUUUCGGCCUCCGCAGUUACAUUCUGUACAAGCUGAAGAUCUGGGGUCACUGCAUGUCUUACUCCAACUCCUCCGUCAACCCGCUGGUUUACGCUUUCAUGGGCAACAACUUCAGGAAGGCCUUCAGGAACGCCUUCCCCACCAUGUUUCUGUGGCGUUCGAGGGCGAGAGUCAGGGUGGGAAACCUGGACGCAGAGGACGGGGGAGAGAUGGAUCCGCAGGCACCCAAAGGAGAAGACGAGAUGCACUUUCUUUCAUCUGGCUCCUAAAGGCCACACGGGGCGUUCGGACACUGUGCACUCAUUGCUUAUUUAUGGUACGUUGUGGAGAUGAGAGGAGUCAGCUCAGUGUGAUUUAUGUGCAAAGGCAAACACACACAUACACAGUUGUGUUUCUGCGGCUUCAGAGGGAAUUACAUUGACCUACAUUCAUUUCCUGAAGACUUACUCUAACCUUGACCAUAACUAGUAUUUGCUAUACUUUAACCUUUAAACACAUCUUUACCUUAAAAUGUAAUGAUUUGCAUUAUGGAGACUCGUUUUUGUCCCAUAAUGUAAUUGUAUAAAGUAAAUGAGUAAAGAGAUAUAGGUCACAGCAACAAAAAAUAUCCACCCACAGGCACACAAACACACACUGUGUAGUGAUUCCUGCCAUGUGAUCUCUUAAAAUGGACAAACCAGUCAGGUGCCUCUCGUGACCAGCACGAGCUACUGAAAUACAAUUAUGUUUGUCACAUUUUUCCAGAUUUGGUGGACCAGUGCACUCAAUUUGUCAGGUUGAGCUCGCUCUUGCUUUUAGCUUCUUUGCAGCUUCUGGUGAAGGUGACGAAAAAACGGGACAAAAGAAAAGCUGUACAGGACAACAACUGUAACUCUGGAUCCUUUGUGGACAGCAACAUCACUAAUUUGAAUUAUUUAAAGACUCUCUCCUGCAAAAAUCAAGUUGUUUUACCUUGUUACAGUGUCCAUAUGGUGCUGGAAGACAUAUCAUAAGCAAAAUAAGCAGUCUGUGCCAUAAAAGUGAAAUGCAGGGUAUCGAUGGCAAUCUCAAAAACACAGAAUUACACUUCUGAGGAACAAAUCUAUCCAAACUGCAGAGAUUAUUUUAAUGGAAAACCUUAGAUAGAUACUUUAUUCAUCCCAUUUGGGAAAUUCAAGGUGUCACACAUGUUACAAAUAAGAAAAAGAAGAAGACAAAAAAAAUUGUGUUGGUAGAAGAAAUAAGGUUCAUUAUUGUGCUGGUAUUUACAA